UCUCCCUCUCCUCCCUCUCCCUUCUUGCUCGCACUGUCUCCCCCUUCUCUCUUUUUCUUUUGUGUUGAGGAUUUAACCCCGAACUUAAUACAAACUAAGCAGAGCCCCACCAUUGAGCUACACUCCUAAUGCACCCCCAUCUGGGUUGAAUCCACACAUUGAGUCUGGCUAUAGUUGCAAAAAUCCUUUUUUUUUUUUUGGUACUAUUUUUACUGGUGCAUGUUUGCAGUAGAUGGUGAUUACAUUUAUGGGGAAGUGGGUACAUACACAUAACACAUUUUAAUUCUUUUCACUUCCCCAUCUCCUCCUGGCCCGCAAACUGCUUCCAAUGACGACACUACAGUUCCUCAGAGGGCUCGCUUCUGCCCCCUGGCGGGGUGCACUGGCCGCUGCUGCUGGCUGCCCCGCUGCCCCUUCCGGCCCCGUGAGGCCCGCGAGCCCCUGGCCGGGGGUUACUCUCGAGCGCAGAGGGCGACGGUGGCCCAGCAGGGGUUCCGAGGCCUCCUCCGGGUGCAGUGGGGCCGCCAGGCGGGAGUGGGGGUGUGAGCCUCGGGUCCUGCCCGGCAGAGGGAGGGAGGCGGGCACCAUGAAGUCCAGCCCCUCCAUCCAAGCCGCCAUCGACCUCAUAGCCGGGGCUGCGGGGGGCACCGCGUGUGUCCUGACCGGGCAGCCCUUCGACACAAUGAAGGUGAAGAUGCAGACGUUCCCCAAGCUGUACGGGGGCCUCACCGACUGCUUCCUGAAGACCUACAGCCAAGUGGGCUUCCGCGGCUUCUACAAGGGAACCGGCCCCGCCCUGAUGGCCUACGUUAGCCAGAGCUCUGUCUUAUUCAUGUGCUAUGGCUUUUGCCAGCAGUUUGUCAGAAAAGUGGCUGGACUGGACGCGCAGACAGCGCUGAGUGAUCUGCAGACUGCAGCUGCAGGGUCCCUGGCCUCCGGGUUUGCUGCCCUGGCCCUCUGCCCCACUGAGCUUGUCAAGUGCCGGCUGCAGGCCAUGCAUGAAAUGGAGAGGACAGGGAAGAUAGCAAAAGGCCAUCACUCAAUCUGGUGUGUCGUGAAGAAUAUCCUUCAGAAGGAUGGCCCCUUAGGUUUCUACCAUGGACUCUCAACCACUCUGAUUCAGGAGAUACCAGGCCAUUUCUUCUUCUUUGGUGGCUAUGAACUGAGCCGAACAUUCUUUGCAUCUGGGAGAUCAAAGGAUGAACUAGGCCCUGUUCCUUUGAUGUUAAGUGGUGGAGUUGCUGGAAUCUGCCUCUGGUUUGUCAUAUUCCCAGUGGAUUGUAUUAAAUCUAGAAUUCAGGUUCUUUCCAUGCAUGGAAAACAGGCAGGAUUUAUUGGAACUCUCUUAAGUAUUGUGAGAAAUGAAGGAAUACUAGCCUUAUAUUCUGGACUGAAAGCUACCCUUAUUAGAGCCAUCCCCUCCAAUGCUGCACUGUUUUUGGCCUAUGAAUACAGCAGGAAGAUGAUGAUGAACAAGUUGGAAGCAUACUGAAAUGUCGGUGACCCUGAAUGCAAUACAUGAGUUUCAGAACUAAGUUAUUAGGGCUUAUGGAGUACAAGACCAACAUAAAAUUAUUUUUGAGUGUGUGGAAACUUUAGUGUUUUUUUUUUAAUUCUAAACUUCAAACCAUAUGGAAGGAUCCCUAUUUUGAGUCACUUAAUGCAUCUUUACAAUCAUAAUGAAAUAGAAAUGCUGUUGCUCUUGCACUUGGUGGGAUAUAUAGGUUGAGCUUUGUGGCUCUAUGUUCUUAAUCUGAAAGAUUAAAUAUAGUUAUCUUAGGUCUUUUUCAUAAGCCUGUAUGUGAACAUGCAGUUUCAAUGGUUAGGUGUCGUGAAUGAAAUGCAGUUUGGCUCCCUAUUUAGUCACAAAUAUCACCCCAAAAUCCAGAACUGAUAGUCUUUCAUGAAGAUGGGUAUAAAUGCCUAUCCUUCAAGAUGUAGGGUCUGUAUUAAAACUUGUUUAACAUGUGCACUACAUAACAUUAUGCUACCUUUUUUUAAGUAGUGCUUGAGAACCAAAAUAUUCAUGUAGCGUUUUGGGGGGAAUGUAGCAAUAUAGUGGUGAGUGUUCCACAUUCUUGAGUAAAGUUUCAUGGUAAACACCUUGAAUUUCUCACUCUGUAUUUUUUAAAUUGUGCCAUUUAUUUACAAAGUGGGAUUAUAUUCUGCACUGUGAUAAUAUUGUUAGGUGUGGUCUGGAGUAUUAGAGGUUUGGGGAGCAGCAUGGCCUUUACCUUUCCUUCUUUCUCACAGAGCCAGGUUUUAGAUUGAGGAAGGAACUAGUUUCUGUUACUAUGCUUUAAUGAAGAUUCGUGUGGAUGAAAACAGUUCUUAGCUUCUGGUCUCUGGGUUUUUGCUUCAGUGGGAUUUCAGAGUGCUCUGUAGCCUGUUUGAGGGUAUUGAUUCACUUUGGGUCACUCACUUUUCCCUGAGCUUCGGGCGUUUAGAAAUUCUUCCAAGGAACAGGAAGUGCCAAAGCUAAAAAAAGUUUUGUCCCAUUUGGUGACAGAGUGACAGUACUGUUAAAUGAUAUCAUCUCCUCGGGCAGAGAAUUUAGUGCUUUAACUCCACCUUGAGUAAUGUCAGGAGUAACCCUGAAGUUUAUAUUUGAGUCCAUUACUGUUUGCUCUGCAUUCAGUGUUAGAGCCUUCUAAAUUUGGUACUGGAGGUCAGUGAAUUUUAAUGAUGUGGAGUGUGACCAUAUAAAGCAUUGAAACAUAAGAAAAGCAAUUUUAUUAACUACAUUGACAGAACCCUCCAAAACAACUGCCCCACACCGAAACAAAAGAAACUACCCAAAUCAGAGUUCAACUGAUCCUCACAACUUAUAUUUGAGCAGUUGUUCUUUGGUGCUAGGGUGUAAGAGGGUUAUUAUUUCUGCUACUAAAGGAAGCUUCAUCAUUUGUAUUUGGAUACAGAGUCUCUUAAUCCAAGUGUCCUGAAGCACCUGUAAAACUAAAAGGAAGUGGGUUACUAGUCUUAAUAGUCCACCCAAAUGUAUGUAGCGUUUCAGCAGAAUGUAAAUUCUGUAUGAAGUUUCCAGUUUCUUCAAGCUUUUUGUUAUCAGUGAAGUCUCUGUGGUAAUUAUAGCCAUUGUGCCAGAAGUAAGAGGGCCACAGAAAUGAGAUGCUGGCAAAUAAGAGACACGGGAUAUUUGGGAAGGGGUUGCUCAGUGUCAUUCCUUUUUUUGUGUGUGGUCCCGGGGAUCGAACUCAUAACCUCACACUUGCUAGGCAGGCGUUUGUGCCACUGAGCUAAAUCCCUGGCCCCUCAGUGUCAUUCCUGAUGUGACUAGUCUUUUAUUUACUUGCCUUUACUUUACUCUUACAUUAUUUUUGUAUUUGAAUUAUCUAUUCCAUACUUAAAUAGGCAAUAGCUACUGACUGGUGGUUUAGCUAAGCAGGCCUGAAACAAAUAAGCAUGCACAUAGGCUUGACUUUCAGCAGGAACCAAACUGUUUCAGCCUGUACUCCUCUUGUGUAGCACUCAGGAGUUAGUCUAAGUUAGCUCUGUUGUCAGCAGAUCUUGUUCCAUAUGUUGUGCAUUAAAAGUUUAACAAAAUUCCUUCAAUAGAAAUAGUAUGAGGCAAGUGUGAGUAGGAGUGAGGAAUGGAAAUCCAUUUUAUUUGCUUACUUUAUGGCUGCACAUCUGGUUACACUUUGUGUCAUGUCAGAUCUAUACUCCAAGCAACAAUAUAGUAACUUGAAAUAUGUUUAAAGACAUGUGAAUGUUUCAUCAUUAAAUUAUUUAUCUUACAUUAAAAUAUUUAGCUUGCACCAUUUAUAAUGUACUAUAUUGAGUUCUAGGUAUUCAGACACUAAUAAUACUUAGAUUUGAGGUCCUCAUGUUCUAGAUGUGUGUUAUGUAGUUAGGAGAGUGAUAUUCCAAAAUAAAUUUGAGAGGAAAAAUCUUCCCCACAAUAAAUCUAUGAUAGAAUCUCUGAAUUUAAGGAAAUAUCUCUUUACCUUGUGUUCUUGUUUUUACACUGUGAUUGAUUCUUUCAAUUAAUGCCAUGAUAUUUGUUUCUAGGAUUGAAAUUGGACAAAUCACUUUUCCAGAUACCUAGCCUUAUUUUAAAUUUUACUCCAAUUCCACAUUGCAUAGUUUUUUUGUUUGUUUGUUUUGGGUUUUGAGUCUGAGUCUCACUAGUUCAGGUUGGCCUUGAACUCAACACAAUCCUUGCCUCAACUUUCAAAGUGCUGUGCUUACAGGAAUGUGCCACCACACCUGGCUCACACUGCAUAAUUUACUCCUUAAUUUAAAAACUUUGCUGUUGUUUGCUAUCCUUUUUGUCUAUUGUCAGAGCUAUCUGGUUUGCCUCUUGUAAUACUAUAGUGAUAUUGUAUCCAGAUGUUCACCCUGUGCUAGCUUUUACUAGAUACCACAUUUCAGUAGUUGAAGUAUCUCAGAAGGCUCUUGUAUGGCAGUGGAGUAUGAUUUCGAGGCUGAAAUUGGAGGGAAAAAGUGUGUUAUUUUGUUUUGGCUUUGCUAUCUAAAGAGGAGUGCUAAUUACUUCCAGGAAGAUGUUGAGUACAUAAUGUAGUCACUAGAGUUUUCUGAUGAAGGCCAUAAAAUGUCCUUCUGCCCAAGCCUGCAUUUUUUAACUUGAGCAAUUUCUGACUUUGAAAUCUGUUUUCAAAGUCUUUAGUUUGCUAGUGUCUGUUCAAUAUCUCUGGAUUCAUAUGGAAUUGCCUAGGAAUCUUCUUCAAGAAUCUUUCUAGGAAGUCACUUAUGUCGAUGUUGGAACUAUUGCCAGCCUUGUGAUCUAUCGUAUGAGGUCUACUGUCCACAGUGUGCUUUGCUCUCCCAUGACACCAAAUUUAGGCUCCUUGUUUUGAAAGGUGAACUACUGUCUCCCAUCUCUUGACCUCUUCAGGGUUCAUCAGUGCUGAUGCUCUCUGUUCAAUGCACAAGUCUUGGUGGCUUUUUCAAAACCACUUCAGAACAUUUGAUAUUACCAGUUUUAGUUUUCAUGCUAAGAUGGAAAAUUUCGUAAAAUUGGUAAGCAGUUUUGUAGAAAAUCAGCAUCUCUUGAAAUCCUGUUCAUUCUCUAUGUGAAAAUAAUGUCCCCAGAAAAGUUAUUAAAUUUUGCUACUGGGAAUCCAGAGACUUGUGUACAUAGUAAGUAUUACUACUAUAAUCUAGAGAAGUUUCACUGGCUCCUUCUCAAUAACCUGGACUCUGAGCAGAUAUUAACAAAAGCAUAUCUCUUACUCACUGAUUACUGAGAAGAAAUGCACCUAUCUGCCUAUGGACAAAUGGUGAAUUCCUUUUGGCAGUGCUGGUAGUUCUUGGUUUAGUUCCUUGGUGACAUUGCCACAAAAUAGCAUUCUUUAUCUCAUUGGCCCUGGAGAUAUAAGAUCUUCUCAGACUCAGGUUCUCAUUUAGUCACCAAGAAGCAGCUUGGCCAAGUUGGUCUUCUGAGCCUGGAGUUGGCUGCAUGCCAUCAUUCUCCUCUGGUAAGGGCUUUAUGGGAUUUUAGUACACACUGUUCUUUACUCUGUGCUUUACUAUUAUGUUUUCCUUCCUUCUCUACUUUGACAUCUUGAGUUAAAAGCUGAUCUGGGUCAAUAAUUUCUUGUUCUGUAUCCAAACAUUGUUCCUUAGGUUCGAUUCUCUUCAAGCUUCAGAACUAUACAGGAAGAUUCCUGGAUUCUAGACUCUUUUAGUAAGACAAGGACUAAAUGAGGCUGAAUGUUUUUGGCGAAAUACUUCUUUGAUUAUUAUGUGUACUGUCUAUCACAUAUACCUUAUUAAAAAAUCUUUCUGUAUCUCAGAUUUAUAGAAGUAGAUUAUGAUUGACUUUCAUCAUUAGUCCAUAUAUGAUCCACCUUAUUUACUUAUACAAUAGCAUCUUUUUUGUAUCUGUGAGUGUAUCAUGAUCUACCUAGUUAACUCUCUCUGUUUCUAUUUUUUGUAAGAGAAUGGAUUUCAAUGAGUUGCCCAGGCUGGCCCUGAACUCUUGUGUUCAAAUGAUCCUCUUGUCUUAGCCUCCCCAAUAGCUGGAUAUAUACCACCAUGCCUAUCUUAUUAAUGUAAUUUUAAUUUUUGCAUUUUAUUAUUUUGUUGUUGUUAUUUGUUUGUUUUGUGUUUUUUUGUUUUUAGUACUGGGGAUAGAACUUACAACCUAGUGCUUGCCAGGCAGGUGCUUAUGCUGCUGAGCUGAAUCCCUGACAAUUUUUGCAUUUUAAAGAGAUAAAAGUAAACAAAAAUAAAAACAAUAAUAUAGAGUUUCAAAACAAGAUAAUAAGAAAUUAACAGUUGUUAAUAUAUUGUGUAUUGUCUUCAAAGUAGUCCCUUAGAUUAUAAGAUGUAGAUGUGAAAAAAUAAU